UUUAGUGGGAUGAGUUUUGUCCUGCGAUGGCUGCCGUCGGCAGGAACUGUCAUUUCAGGGAGACCAAAACACCAUUCAGACGGAAAAAAAUGCCUUUUAAUUUACACUGGACUUUCACUGUUCUUAUUUUUAUCGCAAGUCGGUGUUCCGCCGACGAAGACCAUGAAAUGGAAGAGUUUUUGAAGCGCGAGUAUUCCCUAUCCAAGCCUUACCAAGGUGUGGGAUCCUUGGGCUCCUCCCACUGGGAGCUGAUGGGGGAUGCCAUGGUAACCACCGACCAGGUGCGCCUCACACCUGACAAGCAGAGCAGGCAGGGGGCGGUGUGGAGCCGUAUUCCCUGCCAUCUGAAUGACUGGGAGAUGCAAGUGCACUUUAAGAUUCACGGGCAAGGAAAGAAGAACCUGAAUGGUGAUGGGUUGGCCAUUUGGUACACUAAGGAACGCAUGCAGAAAGGUCCUGUAUUUGGUCAUAUGGACAACUUCACUGGCUUGGGUGUGUUUGUGGACACAUAUCCCAAUGAGGAGAAACAGUUGGAGGCGCAGAAGAAAAGAUAUACUCCUCGCACACAGAGGAUCUUCCCCUUCGUUCUGGCCAUGGUCGGCAAUGGCACCAUCAGCUACGACCAUGAGAGGGACGGUCGGCCCACAGAGCUUGGCGGCUGUAACGGCAUGGUGCGCAACCUCAAACAUGACACCUUCCUCUUCAUCAGAUACAUCCGCCGCAGACUUACGGUGAUGAUCGACAUUGACGGGCAACAUGAGUGGAGGGACUGCCUGGACAUCCCCGGGGUGCGACUCCCCAAGGGCUAUUAUUUUGGAGCGACAGCCGUCACUGGAGACCUCUCAGACAACCAUGAUAUCAUUUCCCUGAAACUCUACCAGCUGACUGUGUUGAGGAGUAAACAGGAAGAGGAGGAGCAAGAGGAGGAGAUAACCAUACCGAGUGUCGACAACUUUGAACUACUCCGAGUGGGUCAGACGGAAGAAGGGAUGAGCGCAGUGGCUAUUUUCUUCACCGUGCUCUUCUCCAUUCUGGGUUGUAUCUUCCUCAUCGUCAUCGGCCUGGUGGUCUACAGCCACUGGCAAGAGAGCCGGCGCAAGCGCUUCUACUGAAAAAGACGUGAUGGUGAUAAUAUAAGAGGGCGGUCUUUGAGACAACAUUCAAACGUAACUGGAGGACCAUAGAGCAGUGGGUCGUUUUAUCCCACUGCAGAUGGAGUCGAUGUAGCACCCGCUACAACAGAAGCCAUCUUCCAAUUUCCCCACCGGUAGUCAUGAAGCAGUAGUAGGACUUUAUUCUGCUCCUCAACCACUGCCUGACGCUCACCAACUCCGCCUUACCAGCUCCACCUCUGAUCAUGUUUCACAGCGAACAUGCAGUUACGUCACAAGACUUUAUUUUCUGUGACUGUGUGCUGGAAAUGACCUUCUCUGAGAUUUUUCAGCUGGAUGAUGUUUUUAGAAAUUAAGUUAUAUGAAAUAAUCUAUUGUGUUCCUACAUGUGGUUUACAUGCAGUAUGACUUGAAGAGCCAACCAAAACAAUGAUCUACUUUUAAAAAACGAUUGUGAUCUUACUUUGUAGCUUCUUGUGAACUGAAGCUUAAUCUCAUCUUUAAAAGAACAAAAAAACAAUUCAGUGCUCGGUAAUCAAUCCUUUAAGUUUUGUGAAUGAACUUUAUAUAGAGCAUCGAUGAUUAUAUUCUCAUCCUGUAGGUGAAGUAUGCAUGAUAGUUAAUGAGGUGUGUGAAGAAUUAAAGACGUCUACACAAGGCCUUUGUGAAACCGUGUCAUUGGUGCAUGUCGCAAAGGUUUUGUGUUUCAGGGAGAAUAUUUGAUUCCAACAAUCUGACAACAUGUUUUGAUUCAUAUUUCCCUUUUUCAGAGUUUAUGUACGUAUUUAAGAAAGGAUUUUUUGACAGUUAAAGCAAAUUAUUCGUAAUAUAUUUGAAAUAAAGAUGCAUUUAAAUAUCUAGUUUGCACUGAAGAGAGGGCUGAGAAUGAUUCAUGAGAGUUUUAAUGACUACUCAGUAAUGUAACUAUUCCCCUGAACUCUUUUAUUGACACUUCUUUUUUUUGCACAUUGAAUCCUAUAAAUGGCCUUUUUGUUUGUGUUGUUCUUUUGUGUUGAUUGAGUACAUGUUUUUGCACUGAGCUGAACAAACAUACAAACAGGUUUGGCCUCAGGAUGCUCUGUUUGAUUUGAGGUGUUGACUAAAUGUGUGUAAUGUAUGUAUGUUCAGGAAAAGGUUCCAAGCCUCAUGAAAGCAUCAGAUAUGUUUUAUCUUGUGUUUGGACUUACUCAUUUCUUACAGCCACUUUGACAACCAUCCUACCUUAUCCACAUUCUUCUGUGUUUCUUUCUGUUUGAUUUGUAAGAAAACGGUCUGCCUCCAAUGUGUGCCCCACCAUUUUUUGUUCCUGUUACUUUGUCCAGAACUUAUUUAACGUGUCAUUAAAAGCAAAACCAGACCUACACUCAGUGUGUAUGAUCUCUGCUUGUGAGUAAUGGUAAGCUACAUAUACGAGCAGAUGAAGGCUUUGAACCGAAACGCAUCUGUUGUUGAUCUACCCUGACGAUAUACUUUAAAGGACAUCUAGUGUGCUGACUUUUCA